AUGUCCUUUGGUCAGCGUUCUCUUGCAUGUCGCGUGGAUGUGUUGCGCAAGCUGGAAACCGGGAUCCCCGAAGUAGUAGCAACGGACAAGGAACCGAGGCACUUUACGGUGGCCAAACUCACCGAAGUGGGGCUGGCUAAUAUUAAUCGCAUCCAGCUCUGGUGGUCGACAGUCACGUCGAAAAUCCUCACCAUGUAUAAACUCCCGCAUUUGGGGAUGCAAAAGCUCUGGGUGGACGCUCUUGUCCUUCUCAUAAAACAGGCCAUCAGGCUUCCCCAAAAAACGACCUUUUGGGAUGAAGAGCUGGGCUCUGCCCAGCAGUCACAUCCCGGUAACCGCCUCGACCGGCGGGCCAAAUCAGGUGAGGGUAUCCGUGUGUGCAUCUCCUCACACGGUAAUUCGGCUUCGCUGGCCUGA